UAAAGUUUGCAAACAAGGAAGAUACUGCUAGAGGAGAGCAUUUAAGAGCACCACUUAAAGAAGGUCAAACUUCUGUUGCCGAAAGUGACCAGGGAGCUAAGCAACAAAAGCAAGGGCCUAUUUUGGAAGAAGAAGAAACUUCUGCUCGUGAACGUCAUCCUGUAACCCAGAAACCUCAAAGAAAAUCCAGACGAAUUACUUAUAUAAGUGCCUCUGUUGCACCUCCUAAUGCAACAGCCAAAGACACCGAGAAGAAGAAGCAAAGCAAGUCUAGAAUGGAGACUGUAGAAGAGGAAGCUGCACCUACUGAGAGUCUUCCAUCUCCUGAAGAAUUACCAGCUGGAAAGGAUGCGCUAUUUGCUGUGUCAGAAUGUGCAGGAAAUAAAAAUAAUCUUGAUUUGGAUGUUAGCGAACAGGUUGUCAAAAGCUGCGACGCAUGCUCUAACAAAAGUAGAAAGAAAUUGAGAAGGAAUUCUGGAGCAAAGAAGCAGUGUGGAUUUGAACCUCCAUUUCUUAACAAGGAAGAAGACAAGGAUUCUGCUGGAAAUAUGGAGGAAAAUCUGAAUGAAUCAUAUGUGCAGUUGGUAGGCCCUUCUACAGACCAAGAAAUGAAGCAGAAUGCCCAGAAACCUGUGGCGCUUUAUGAGAAGGAAAACGACUUAGUAGAAGAAGACGUAGAGAAAUUAGUCAAGGGCGGAAAUAUUGAGAGUGAAGUGAAUUGCAUGUCAAAUCGGACCGUCAAGACAACAUGUGUAUUCGAGGAUGCUAAUUGGUUGGACCCCAAACGACUGAAUUGUGAAAGCAAGUGUAGUCACGGGACGGAUUCUUCUCUGAUAACUUUUCCAGCUGAAAGCCAUGGAAAUGAAGUGUCUGGUCAAGAAAUGAUGGUAGAAUUUGAAAGUAAUGUUAUCAACAUGGAUGAGUUAACGUCUAGAGAUAAUGGUCUUCCAUUUGCUGAUAAAAAAUAUCUUACAGCUGCAACCUCCACCUUCCUUCACUCAGAGAAAGAAUGGGGGACAGAGCUACCGGGUGGUGAAAACACUAACUUCACGAGAAAUAAUGUGGCUGCUGCUUAUAGCAGAACUCCUUUUGGAGAGGCUCAGAUCGUAGUGGAAUUAAAAGAAACCAAUGUCACUGCUGCUGAAUCUGUCAAGGAGGAAGUAUCUGAACUUAAUAAGUCUAGUGAAAGUACUGGCUUGAAGAGUGAAUUAGAAAAUUUCCUGAAGAAAGCUGAAAAAAUGAUCGCUAAUGAUGUUUCAAAUAGAGAAGGGAUUCCACACAUUGAGAGUUCAGUUGAGGCUGCUGAAAAUCAAGAGAGUAGUGUACAAUCUCAUUCAACUACAGCCGAAACUGAUGCUCAAAAGAUAUUUGAAGUCAUGCAGAGCUCAUAUAGCGACACUGUUGCUCCAGGAACUCCAUUUGGACCUGCACCAGUCAAAGAUGAGUGCAGAGUUGAGGUUGCUAAUGCUGCACGAAGUGGGAUGUCUGAUCAAGAAAGAAGUGAAGAUCCAAAUCCAGGAACUGAAUCCUGUAUUCAUGAAUCUGUAUUAAUGAAUGAGGAGAAUACUGGAUUGGUGAAAAAUGCUGAAAAGAUUAGGAUACAUGAGGAUUAUUUUGAAAGUAAGUCUUCUCCGUCUGUGAAUAGAACAGGUGUUAUUGAUGAUUCUAACCUGGUUGAGUCUAGAACGGUUGGUUUCGAAAGCAGUGGUAACAAAGUUCUUUCUCCUGAGAUAGCUUCUCUAGCUGUUGUUUUUUCUUCUGCUAGCCGAGGAGGCCAUGCAGGCAGAACCUCAAGUAGUAUAGAACUGAGGAAGGUAUUGGAGAUUCAAGAACCUUAUGAAAACAUGAACCUUAUAAAUUAUAAUAUGGAUGAUGAAGGAAUAAGAAAUCCAGUUGUGGAGGAUCGGAUUGAAGGAAAAUUAGAAAAUGCCAAUAUGACUAUUGUUAACUCAGUUGAGGAGGUAAUUUUCAAUGAUAUCCUCAAAGAACUUGGUGAAAGUAUUGUUUUGAAGAAAAGAUCAGAAAUCCCUUUGAAGACGUCUGAAAAAAUGAGUGCUACUAUGUUUUCUAAUGGAGAAGGAAUUAUACUCGCUGAGAGAUCUGUGAAGGCUGAAAAGCAAGAAUAUAGAACUGAGAUUGAUGUUGUUGCUGCAACAAGUGGUACACCAAAUACUACAGAAAUAAAGUGUAGAUCAAGUAGUGAUACUGCUACUCGCGGAACUUCAGUUGGACUUGCUCCACAAAGCCAAGGUUCUCUUGAUGAUGCUUUGGUUGAAGUUGCAAGCAAUGCUACCAAAGUGGUUUCUUCUGGGAUGACCUAUCUUGCUGAAUUUUACACUUCAGUCAAUCAAAAAAAAAUUGCAGGUGAAAAUUCAAAUGAGUUGAAACCGGAGAAAGUAUUGAAUUUAGAAGAAUCGUUGAACACUGAAAAUGUUAACUACAGAGUUGACAAAACGGAAGUUAAAGAGAACACAGGUCUUGCCCGAGAGGAUCAGAGUUCAGUUUACUCAGAAGAUACCAACGUAACUGCUGCUGUACCAGUUCAGGAGGUAGUUACCUGGGAAAGUGACAAAACGGAAGUUAAAGAGGACACAGGUCUUCCUCAAGGGGAUCAGAGUUCAGUGUACUCAGAAGAUACCAACAUAACUGCUGCUGAACCAAUUCAGGAGGUAGUUAUCUGGGAAAGUGACAAAAUUGAAGAUAAAGAAGACACAAGUCCUGUUCAAGAGGAUCAGAGUUCACUGCAAUUAGAACAUACCAACAUAACUGCCGCUGAACCAGUUCAGGAGACAGUUUCCAGGGAAAGUGUCAAAAUGGAAGUUAAAGAGGACACAUAUCAAGAGGAUCCGUGUUCAUUGCACUUAGAAGAUACCAACAUAACUGCUGCUGAACCAGUUCAAGAGGUAGUUUCCUGGGAAAGUGACAAAAUUGAAGUAGAUGAGGACAUAAGUCUUGCUCAAGAGGAUCAGAGUUCAAUACAGUCAGAAGAUACCAACAUAAAUGCUGCUGGAGCAGUUCAGGAGAUUGUUUUCUGGAAAAGUGACAAAAUGGAAGUUAAAGAGGACACAAGUCUUACUCAAGAGGGUAAGAGUUUAAUGCACUUAGAAGAUACCAACCAAACUGCUGUUGAACCAGUUCAGGAGGUAGUUUUCUGGGAUCACUUGAAUAAAGUCUGUGAAAGUGGUGGUACAAAGGAAUCUGGAGAUUACUUGAAGAAAACAGAAGAAACAGGUACCAGUGAUUCAUCUGGUAUAGGAAUGGUACAAACUGAAAGUUCAGUUGAGACAGAUGAAAUGAGUGAAACCACUGGUCAAACAACAACUAUAGCAAUGCAAUGGAGCUUAAGCAGUCACGAUAAAGAUUUUAUAAGUCCUCUUAGAACUCAAGUAGUCAGCCAAGGUUACCAAGGCACAACUUAUAGAGAUGAAACCGAUGUUAGCAGUGCAGGAUGUGCAAUGCCUGAUCAGCUAAAUAUUGAAGAAAAUGCAAAAAUAGUGGAAAAUGAAGACACAAUAAAAUCUGAAACGGUGUUGUUUGUCAGUGGAAAAAAUAUUAAUGAUCAGAGUUCUGAAGGAAAGUCUAGGGAAGAUGGCGUUUAUCAUCCAGUUUCAGAUUGUAUUGACUGUCAAUGUGCAAUAGUUAAAAAAAUGGACAUCUCGGAUGGAAACUUUAACGAUGUUUCAGGUGAAAUAGAGGAGAAACUUACGAUUGAAUUUUUUGAUGGAGAAGUAGCAGGUCUGGUUUCACCAGAAGAGAAGGAUAUUUGGAACGAGAAAUUGCCCAACAACAGCUUUCAGCAUGCCAUCAAUGACAUGCAAGAAAAAUCUGAGGCAAUUUGCAUGGAUACAAUAGAUGGAAUUCCAGUAAAUAUUUUGCCUCAGCAUGCAUUGGAACAGCUGGAUAAUGAAAGUGAAAUUUCAAAGCAAGCUUUUGGUAAUGGCACUCAAACUUUGCCAUCCGAUGAAAGGACUACACCUAUCACUUCAGAAUCUUUUUCAAUGAGCCCUCUUGAUCAUGCGCUGGUAGAUCGAGAAAUGAAUGCCAGUGGUGAAAGAGUUGUGUGUCAUCCUGUCAUUAAAGACUUUGCUGCAACCAUGGAUGGCAAUGGAAUCAGUAUGAGUGGUGAAACAGAUGUUGUACAAGAGGAUAAUAUGGUGGAGCAAAUAGCAACAUCACCCCUGAAAGCUGAGCUUACUGACUAUGGUGGUGGCAACGUAGAUGCAGAGUUGCCCGAACCCAAUAUGAGUGUCACGGAUCCAAUAUUUCAAGAAACUGAUACUUUUGGGGUUCCGAGCACCGAGUAUCCAGGAGAGAUAUCAAAUGUGCCUGCAGCUAUGGAAGCUGAGAACUACGGUGUUCAUGAUGAUCAAGGUGAAGAGGUUGGACUUGAACAUGAUUGUAGCUCUUCCUUCGGAGUAGAUGGUUUGACAUCAACUGCUGGCCUGGAUGUGGAUAACAUUCCAGUGGUUUUCCCAUUGGAAAGCACUUCAAACAGUAGCUACCCUCAAUCUGGAACAAAAGUUGAUGAUCUUGAAAUAAUCGAUAGUGAUGCAGCAAAACAAUUUGAUACUGCCUUCACCAUUGAAGAAGCUAGGGUCGAGGAUGGUGAAAAAUCACUUGUUUCUCAUCAGAGAUGUUUACAUGGUGAACAGGAAGAUGUCUCGUCAACUGAUGAUACACCUUGUAGCAAGCUUGAAAUCAGUAUUGAAGAAGAACAUCCACAAGCUAUGGAUGACAUCAACGGUGUGGUGGGAACUGACAUUUCUACUGAAUGCAAAGUUACAAGGGAGGAAAUAGAUGGGCGCCAAAUCAGUUCCGGAGGUUUUAAUGAUGUAACCGAUGGUUCCUUCGAAGAUGAGAGCAAGAUAGGUCUUGAAGAACUUGUUGGAGCAAAGGCUGAUGAUUGUGACGGGUCCAUGAAAACUGACACAGACAGGGAUGACAUUGACAAUUCAGAUGUGAACCUAGAGACUGAGGAACCAAAUGCCUUUCAUUUUCCUGAAACCAUAGCACGUGAAUCCAGGGAAAUUGAGAGCUGCAGCAAGUUGAACAUUGUUUCUUCAAUGAAACCUGAGAUGGUUGUGGAUUGCUCUUCUGAUGAACGUAAACACCUAGAGAAUCCUGAUGAAUCAAACAUCUUUACCAACAUGGAUACGAGAUUGUUGUUUGGGAUUGAAGAUGACGUUAAAAAUUCAGAUGCAAAGGCUGAUGAUAGUAAUGAUGUAGCUUUAGACAUGACAGUCACAAAAUGCAAUUCAAGAGAGGGUGAUUAUACUUCGAAAUCAGAUGUUGAGGACACAUAUUUAUCUGUGAGAAAGGAUGGACCUGAAGAUACCGAAGAAACAAUGGAGUUGAGAAAUGACUUCUCGGGGCUGGAUGCAGCAAUGGUAGAUAAAUCUCCCUUUUUAAAUAGUUCAGAAACUGCCAAAGUUGCGGAUGGUGAAAAAGUAGCCUUCAGAACCGAACUAAACUUUCUAAAUGUGAGUGUGAAAAUGGAGAGAAGCAACAGCGUGCCAGUUAAGCACUUGAUUUCUUCCGCGAUGCAAAGUAAAAGCAAGCCUGGUUUGAUUCAAAGAACACCAAAGCGACCAAUUUUCCAUGACAUGAAGGAGAAUGAGGGUAGCACCAAAAGGGAACAGAUCGGAUACAGAACAACGUCUAAAAAUCAUCCAACUGAGGCCACCGCUCCAGCGUAUCUGAAACUGACUGUUUCUUUAUGAUUGUUUUAUUAUAUUAGUGGCAUUUCGCUGACAAUAGGCAGACGGUAACACAAUUUGC